AUUUUUUUAAGCAUAUUCAAGUUGCAUGAGAAAUUUAAUAAUUAGUUUUAUAAAAUAACACAUAAUGGCUGCUCCACACCAUCCACUUUCGUCUUCUAAUCCCUGCUCCACAUCGAUUGCUACACAAACGGAUAGCUUGCCGGAUCUGUUCGAAUUGUUAUAUUGUGACGAUAAAAUGGUCUGGGAGACAUCGUACAAUGGAGCUGCUGAAUAUACACCUUCACCAAAGAUUGAUAACCAUGCCAGGUGUCGCAGGAGUCUUGUUUUGACCAAAGAAGCAGAAGAGUUUGCCAAAGCUCCAAGCAUCACCAGCGAAUUUAAUCCAUCGAAUCCCAUGAAAACAGCAUCACGACUCGCACACAAAUCCCAAAUUAUACAGUACUAUCAAGUAAUUAUAAUUGUGGCUAUAGUCACCCUUGUUGUCAAUUGGAUUGCAGACGCAUUGUAAAUAAGCCAUCCACAAUUGUUGUUUCAUACGUUUAUUACACAUAAUUCACGUUUUCACUCUAUCAACUAAA